UCGGAAAAGGAACAGUUGAACAUGGGGUUGAUUUUGCCCCAUACGAAUUUCGGGGUGCGGGAGUACACUAAGGCGAUUAACACUGCUUUAUCGCUGCUGCAUAGGGGUAGGGGCAGAAACUUGAACUGGGUUAAGGAGAGGAACUUCAAUCCGAAGAAUAUUCAUAAUGUUUUGAUGACGCUGACGCCGAGUCCUACCGCGAUCCUGAAAUCUCUAUGCAAGGAAUUCCUCAAUUUCAACGUCUCCUCAAUCCUCUACCUGAUGAACUACGAGCAGUACGGCCGUAGUACUGCUUCUGCGCAGUACUUUCUCCAACUGGCCGGAUACCUUGGCAUUCCUGUCAUCGCCUGGAACGCGGACAACUCCGGUCUGGAACGCAGGGCUUCCCAGUCUUCUUUGCAGUUGCAGCUGGCGCCAUCUUUGGAGCACCAGACCGCGGCCAUGUUGAGCAUUCUCGAACGGUAUAAGUGGCACCAAUUUUCUGUAGUAACCAGCUUGAUAGCAGGACAUGAUGAUUUUAUUCAAGCUGUUAGAGAACGCGUGUCUUCCAUGCAGGAUCGUUUCAAGUUCACCAUCCUCAACGCCGUCCUGGUAGCCAACAGAGGCGAUUUAGCUGCUUUGGUGGACUCCGAGGCUAGGGUGAUGCUACUCUACUGCACCAGGGAGGAAGCCAUUGAUAUCCUCACCGCAGCGGGUGAUCUGCACCUCACCGGGGAGAACUAUGUGUGGGUGGUGACUCAAAGCGUCAUCGAAAGUGCCUUCCAAGCGCCAUAUCAGUUCCCUGUCGGAAUGUUAGGUGUUCAUUUUGACACUUCUAGCCAAAGUUUAGUCAACGAAAUAACAGCAGCAAUAAAGGUUUACGCUUAUGGAGUAGAAGACUUUCUGGCAGAUCCAGUGAACAGGCACCGUUCACUCACCACUCAUCUGUCGUGUGAAGGUGCUGGGGCAGCCAGAUGGGACACCGGUGACCGGUUCUUUAGGUACCUGCGCAAUGUGAGCGUGGAGGCAGAGGCUGGAAGACCUAACCUAGAGUUCACACCGGACGGGGUUUUGAAGGCUGCGGAGUUGAAGAUUAUGAAUCUGAGGCCUGGAGUGAGUAAACAGCUUGUUUGGGAAGAGAUUGGUGUGUGGAAAUCAUGGCAGAAAGAAGGUCUGGACAUCAAAGACAUAGUCUGGCCCGGUAAUAGUCACACCCCUCCUCAAGGUGUCCCUGAAAAAUUCCACCUCAAAAUCACAUUCCUAGAGGAGCCGCCUUAUAUUAAGUUGGCACCGCCUGAUCCAGUGACAGGGAAAUGUUCUAUGGACAGAGGAGUACUGUGCAGGGUUGCCAGCGAUGAAGCCAUAACAGAAGUUGAUAUGGCUCAAGCUCACAGAAACGGCAGUUACUACCAGUGUUGUUCAGGCUUCUGUAUCGACUUAUUACAGAAAUUCUCCGAAGAACUGGGCUUUACCUACGAGUUGGUCAGAGUUGAGGAUGGUAAAUGGGGCACCAAUCAAAACGGGAAAUGGAACGGACUGAUUGCUGACUUGGUUAACAGGAAAACGGAUAUGGUGCUCACUUCGCUCACUAUCAAUGCGGAAAGAGAAGCUGUGGUGGAUUUCAGUGUACCCUACAUGGAAACUGGCAUCGCCAUUGUGGUGGCUAAAAGAACUGGAAUUAUAUCUCCCACUGCCUUUCUGGAACCAUUCGACGCCGCAUCCUGGAUGUUAGUGGGUGUUGUGGCUAUCCAUGCUUCAACCUUCACAAUUUUCUUAUUUGAAUGGCUGUCGCCCAGCGGGUUCAAUAUGAAAGUCACCUUUAACAAUGGUGUUCCUUCCACGGCUCACCGCUUCUCCUUGUUCCGCACCUACUGGCUGGUGUGGGCUGUGUUGUUCCAGGCGGCCGUCCACGUGGAUUCACCCCGCGGGUUCACCUCCCGCUUCAUGACCAACGUGUGGGCAAUGUUCGCCGUCGUCUUCCUCGCUAUCUACACUGCCAACCUGGCCGCCUUCAUGAUCACCAGAGAGGAAUUCUUCGAAUUUUCUGGAAUUGAUGAUCAUCGAUUAUGUAGACCGUACUCCCACAAGCCUUCAAUUAAGUUCAGUACUAUCCCUUGGUCUCAUACAGACUCAACUUUAGCCAAGUACUUCAAGGAGAUGCACGCCUACAUGCGUCAAUUCAACAAAACCCGAGUACUUGAUGGAGUUGCCGCCGUACUAUCAGGUGAAAUGGACGCAUUUAUCUACGAUGGUACCGUUUUGGAUUACUUGACGUCUCAGGAUGAGGAUUGUAGACUACUUACAGUGGGUUCUUGGUACGCAAUGACGGGGUACGGAUUGGCAUUUCCCAGAAACUCGAAAUACUUGAAAAUGUUCAACAAGAGACUGUUAGAUUUCCGUGAAAAUGGUGACUUGGAACGACUAAGAAGGUACUGGAUGACUGGUGUUUGCAGACCAGGAAAACAGGAACAUAAAAGUUCGGAUCCCUUGGCUUUAGAACAGUUCUUAUCGGCUUUCCUACUCCUAAUGGCCGGUAUACUUCUGGCAGCAUUGCUGCUUUUCCUAGAGCAUCUGUACUUCAAAUACAUCAGAAAACACUUGGCCAAAACAGACAGAGGAGGAUGCUGUGCUCUCAUCAGUUUGUCAAUGGGCAAAAGCCUCACUUUUAGAGGUGCAGUGUACGAAGCUCAAGACAUCCUGAAAAACCACAGAUGUAGAGAUCCAAUCUGCGAUACACAUCUGUGGAAGGUGAAGCGUGAACUAGAUGUAGCGCAGAUGCGAAUCAAACAGCUGGAAAAAGAAAUGGAGGUGCAUGGUAUCAAACCUCCUCCCUGCAAACGGCGUCGGCGUAACACUGGUAACUGCAUCACCUCCUGUGUGGGCUCGUCCAAAUCACCUGACAUCGUAGUUUCUGGAGAGCAGGCAAGGACACGUCUAAGAAGCUUGGAUCCCGAUGACAGUGGGAGUUGUUCAGACAUAAAUGGACCAACCACCACGGAGAUAGCCGAAAUGGAAACAGUGCUGUGAUGUCAGGACGAUACCUACGAGACGGAGGAGAUCAUCUACAUCCUGAACACCAAAGAGAAACUACAUAAUCUCAACACCAAAUACCUUACAAUUUGAACAGCGAUCUAAGACAUCUGAUCCUAUCGAUCAAACCCAUCCCUAGAUUUUUCUAUCGUCCCUAUUGUAACCAUCUGACACCCUCUAGACGGUAGAGACUAUAUGAAUUUUUGAAACAAAUCAUCACACCUAUAGAGAACCAACCCUGAAGCGUCUUUUUUUGUUUUAGAGAAAAAAAAACAUAACAAAUGGACUCUUAUGAAACUGGUGCAUUUUAAAUUAAUGAUGU